AUGGGCCAGCUCGCGGGCCAGCCCGUUGGUCCGCUAGCUCGUCUGAAGACGGGACGGGUUACAGUUUUCGGUCCGUUUAUUGAUGGUGGGCCAGCCCGGCCCGACCCUUAUUGGUGGGUCACAGUCUUUGCAUUGACCUCCACAAAGGCUACUAAAUCAGGUAAUCUCAUUCUAGAACCAUGUAUACUGUUGGGUCAGAUAGUUUUGGUGUUGUUUGAUUCUGGAGCAACACAUUCUUUCAUUGCUAAUGCGUGUGUGGGGAGAUUGAAUUUGGUGACACGCGAUUUGGGAUGUGAGUUGCUUGUUUCAACUCCCUCCUUAGGUCAAGUGGCUAUCAGUUCAGUCUGCGUUGGGUGUUCAAUGGAAGUGGCAGGUCGCAGAUUUAAGGUGAACUUGUUGUGCUUGCCUUUGGAGGGACUCGAUGUAAUCUUGGGGAUGGACUGGCUGUCUAACAAUCACAUCAUCAUUGAUCGUGGACGGCGCAGUUUGGUAUUCCCAAAACAUGAGGGAUUGGAGCUAAUCUCGGCUUAG